UCUUCCUCUGACCCCGAGCUCCGCUCCCUGGAAAUAGGUAUUAUAUGAUAUGAUCGCCUACAAACGAAAUGGAUAAAUUCCAAGCUCCUAUGCUCUGGAGUAUUGAUUAAUCCUCCUGUUGGCUCAUUGUGCGCCUUGUCUCCCAGGCAAAUAUCUCGUGACAUAUGCAUACUUGCCCUAUUGACUCCUACUGGUCCAGGCAAUACUCAUGGGAAAAGGUGUCAGCCAAGAAUGGUUUGAGCUCUCCCUACAAGUCGUUGAAUUAUCACGCUCACGAUAUUGACCAUGUGUCGCGCACGCGCCUCAGUGUCGAAGGAGAUGAUGCAGUGAGUGCUUGCUUGCUGUCUAUCCUCUCGCACGCAUCGGAGCCUAGCUCACUUUCCGCCAUCACAAAUGUCUCAGCGCACACAUCAAAUACGUCCGGUAACGCCUAUCACACCGGUGAAGUGCAUAUCUUCCUACAAGAAGCUCUUUCACGAACCGCCCUGGGAAAACCCUCAGGGUUCACCGAGGUCCGUCGCUGCAAGCGACCAUUCAAACACGCAGUCGCCUCCGUCAACCUGGAGUAUGCCAUCUCAGUCAGAGUCAUCUAGCCAGCAGGGUACUGCUUGGAGCCAGGCUUCAUCCAUUGAUCGCGCUAGUCCAUCCGUGUCUAAUCAAUAUAUUUCGAAUCAAUCUCGGGUCCAACAUUCCUCGUUCCUAAACGAUGGUCAAACGAGGUCAUACCACCUUGAUGUCGUGCAACAUCCCCAAAGGACCGCGGAAUUUGGUUCCGCUAGUCUCUCCCGUUUGCCACUAGCUCCGCCAGUAGUCGUGCAGCUCACCGUACGCGAUCGCUUUGGGAAUUCCAUCAUUCCUGAGAUGGAGCUGCCAUUCUUGAUCGCCCACUUAUCACUGUUCACGGACGAUGGGUCACGGCCGUUAGACAUGGGUACCUCACCAAACGGAGAGGCACCUCCGCGGCGUUUGCUUUACGGAAACCUAGUGUCGUCACCUCAGAAAUUGCGCGACCUUCAGGGCCGUCUUGGAUUAUAUUUUCUGUUCCCCGACGCGAGUAUACGUUGGCGCGGCCGCUUCCAGCUCGGGAUCUCUUUAUUGCGGAUAUCAGAGACUAAUGCUUCUGGUACUAUGAGUAUUGCAUCUCAGGGGACUGUACUUGCACAGGCUCGCACACGGUCAUUUGAUGUCUAUGCCCAUGAAAAUUACGUUGCACCGCCCAUUACACGCUUAACGCAAAGCUUCCUGAGACAGGGCGCACGAAUCAAUGCCUUCACGCCAAACGGCCCUUAGACCCUAGAAUUUGCGUUCGGAUUUUCUGACGCAUGUUGGUCACCUUCGCACAACCUUCGCAAUUUUUUUUCGCUUUCGCUUUCCGCUGUAUAUCAUAGUCGGUGCACUCAUUCGACCUUUCCACACUAACACCUGUUUUUGCUAUUUCUUGUCGUUGCAUGCUCUUGACCUGCUGACUGCCUAUAUCAUCUGGCUAUAAUUGCAAACACACGUUGAGGAGAUAAGUUAGAUUAUUCAAUUAGAGUUUGCAUGCUGCAUCGUCCAAUGUCUUGGUGAGGUAAUAACC